AUGUCUCCCAGUAUAAUUUCUACACUGACGGCAGUUACCUUUGGAAUAAAUCGAUAUUUCUCAAUAUUUGUUCUUUUGUUCGGUACAAUCGGCAAUGUUUUGAAUUUGAUCAUAUUUCAUCAACCAAAGCAUCGAACAAAUCCAUGUGCUGUUUAUUUUUUCUAUGCAUCAGUUGCCGGCCUGAUUGCGCUUUAUUCAGGUUUAAUCAGUCGAGUUUUUGCCACUUUCUCACUUGAUAUAUCAGCAACCGAUGCUACAACUUGCAAAUUACGUGCAUUCAUCGUUUGGGUAUCAACAACGGCCUCAUCUUGGCUUUUGACUUAUGCCACUGUAGAUCGAUAUUGUAUAAGUUGUCGUGAUGUGCGUCGUCGUAAUCUAAGUAAUCUUCGUUUCACACGCAGAUUAAUGAUCUUUGCGGUUGUCGGCGGAUCGUUGAUAUUUGCCGAAACUUUCUAUUGUUAUGUGCCAAAUCUUGAAAAUACUCCAUUGACAUGUUACGGUCAAGAUAUGACGUGCCGUUUGUAUAAUGAACUUGCUUCAGCACUUGCAUUCGUUUUUAUACCAUCAACUAUUAUGCUAAUAUUUGGAUAUGCAACCGUACAAAAUGUGAGAAAAUUACUUUGUUCAAUAGCACCAACGGCUAGUACACAUGGAACAGCAAUGACAAUCAAGAAGACAGAUCGACAAUUGAUUCAAAUGUUAAUUGUUCAAAUUAUUCUAUUGACUAUAUUCAACAUCCCAUUGGCUGUUCAUCGUCUCUAUAUGACAUCGACAUUAAGUUUUCCGAAAAGUUUGUUGAGGACUACAAUCGAAAAUCUUUUUUUUCAGCUAUUUUAUCUUCUGAGUUUUAUGAGUUUUGGAAUGCCAUUUUAUAUCUACACAUUAACCGGGACUGUGUUUAGAAAUGAAUUUAUGAGUUUAGUUCGAUUAGUUUACCGAAAAAUAAAAAUAGCAAUAUGUUAA